AUGCUCUCCAAAUCUAGUCUCGUUUUCUGUGUUAUUUCUACCGUUUUAUCCUCCACUAUUAACACUUCUUCACUAAUUUGCCCUAUCGGUUGGACUACUUACCAUGACUCUUGUUACUUCUUCAACAAUCCACCUUCGGAUUACGAAAAGGCUCUGGCAAGAUGUUACGAGAUGGGAUCAAAUCUCUUCGUUCCGGAGUCGCUGGAAGAAUGGGAAUACGUAAAUGAACAUUCGACAGUGAGCACAUGGAGCUGGAUCGGUCUUACUAUGGAAGAUGAUCAACACAAUCCCAAAUGGCUCACUAGUAACGCAAUGAAUCCACUUGAAAUAAACUGGCUAGUCAAACCAUUUGUCGCCUCUUCCAAUGGAUGGUCAACAUCGGCAAGAUGUGCGGCUCAUUUGAAUGUUGCCAAAGCCGGAAGCGACUACACAUUCUUUCUCCCAUGCUCUUUGAAAGUGAAUUCUAUUUGUGAAAAGAACGCAACGCUUUUCCCACGCAUCUGGGAUUAUGGAUUAAUAGGCCUACUACAUCGGUGCCACAGAUACGUGAAGAUGUUGAAAUUAAUACAAAAGAAGAAAGGCUACAAAUCCGCCAGCAAAUCGAGUGAAGCGAUCGAGGUUCCGGAUUCUUUUCCACAACGAUGCAAGAGAAAGAUAUUUGGAGACAAGAAGAAAACGAUAAGCAAGGAAUCAGCAUCUGUUCCAAUUAAUCUCAAGCCGAAAGAGAAAGGAGAAGCAAUCUCGAAAGCCUACGAGAGUCCUUCAGCGACAAAACUAGACUCUAAUAGGUGGUCAUUUUUGCCACCGAUCAAAACACAACAAGCCAAAAUUGCCUACAGACGACUGGUGAAAGAUUUUGUGCGGCAGACUUUGUGUAAGGGACCUCACGGGCUGAUAGCAGAUUUUCGCUCAAUGAAGAGAGUAAACGAUUUUUCGAAAAUGAGAGAGUUUGUGGCUCAUACAUCUACAGGGAAAAAUCGAUACAAGGAUGUUGGGUGCUUGGACAACAAUCGUGUUGUGUUAAAUGUAGGUCCUUGCUCAUAUAUUCACGCUAAUUAUGUGUCCACCCCCGAUAAUCCGAGAAAAUUUAUUUGUACACAGGCUCCACUUCCUGGUACAUGUGCUGAAUUUUGGUGCAUGGUCGUGCAAGAGGAAGCACAAGUCAUCCUUAUGCUAUGCAAUUUUGUAGAGCAGAAGUCGAACAAGUGCGCGGUUUAUUUUCCGACACAACAAAACGCCCCAUUGGUGUUCAACGACGUCAGUGUGCACUUCAAGAGCCAGGAAGAAUACGUGUUUCCUUUUGAAACAAGAACCAAAGUAGUGCUCACCUUCUUACAAGUUUCGCUGCCUGGCUACCCUCCACAUAACUGCUGUCAUUAUCACUGGAUGGAUUGGCCCGAUCGAGGAGUACCUCCUGCGGAUACAGCACCACUUUAUCUUCUGCAUAAUGUUGGAAAUACCAAAAAACCUAUAAUUAUACACUGUUCGGCUGGUAUCGGAAGAACAGGUUCUAUGGUGUUGCUACAACAUGCCAUGGAAGUUUUGAAGAAUGGAAAGCCUUUAGAAGAGAUGCCUGUCUAUUUACAACAACUCAGAACACAGCGUAGUAAUAGCAUACAGGCAAAUCAACAGUACUUGUACGUACAUCAAGUGCUACUAACAUUUUUUCGUCAACAUGGCCUCGUACCUCAGUGCUUGUACUCACUUAUGGAUGCUUUCACCAAGGAAUAUAAUUCGGCAACGACUGGAUUCUAAAAAUCAAGCAGCCAUUUGUUAGAGUCAAGUUUAGUUACUUACAUCGUGUACUAUGCAUCUCUUCGCUGUAACUACCUCAUUCCUGUCGUAGUCGAUUAAUUAAAAU